AACUAAACUAAUUGUGCACUGCUUAUAUAUGGAGCACAAGUAGAGGGGAAUUAGACGGCAGACGAGCGAUAACCCUCAAUUGCAAAACCCUAAUUUGAUUGGAUACAUACAUUCAAUUGGAGUAAUCAGAUCAUUGAAUUGAGAGAUCGUAUCUUGGAUGGGGAAGAAGAAGAAGAGAGCAGCCGCAGCUGUAUCAGAUAUUUGGUGUUAUUAUUGCGACAGAGAGUUUGAUGACGAGAAGAUAUUAGUUCAGCAUCAGAAAGCUAAGCACUUUAAGUGUCAUGUUUGUCAUAAGAAGCUUUCUACUGCUGGGGGCAUGUCUAUUCAUGUUCUUCAGGUUCAUAAAGAGACUGUUUCUAAGGUGCCAAAUGCUAAAGAGGGUAGAGAGUCGACUGAUAUUGAAAUAUAUGGAAUGCAGGGAAUUCCAGCUGAUGCAAUGGCAGCUCAUUAUGGAGAAGAUGAAGACAAUCCGUCAAAAAUGGGAAAAGUGGACAUCCCAACCUCCCAAUUUGGUGGUGGUGCAUUACCUGGAUCACUUGGCAUUCGAUAUCCUCCUCCACCAGCUGCAGGAAUGCCGCCUUAUUACAAUCCUGCGAUACCAAUGCCACGUGUGGGGUGGCCUCAACCACGUCCCCAACCAUGGUUAAUGCCACGUCCAGCUGUGUCAGUUCCACAACCUGGAGCUCCGGGGCUUGUCCAACAACCGUUAUUCCCUGUACAGAAUUUCAGGCCUCCCAUGCCAUCUACUGCAUCUCCAGGGCUCCAACCAUCACUGACAGUUGCUCCCCCGGUGUUACCUGUGUCUGCGCCUGCUACUGUAUCACAACCUUUGUUUCCAGUUGUUGCCAACAAUAACAUAUCCACCCAAGCUCCGCCAUUUUCUGCACCUCUAUUUCCAACAACUGUUCCAUUAAGCUCUUCUGCAGAACAUAAUGGCUCCAGUGAUCUGCAUGGUGGCAACAUCUCAUCACUGGCAAACAGUUACCAUACCCCAGGCUUUCCAGGAGGGGCGUUGGGAAAUUCACACUCCUAUGCAUCUGGACCCAAUACAAGUGGUCCUUCAAUUGGCCCUCCCCCAGUUAUUGCAAACAAGCCUCCCCAGCCAGCAGCAAAUGAGGUCUAUCUGGUUUGGGAUGAUGAAGCACUGUCAAUGGAAGAGAGAAGAAUGGCAUUACCAAAAUACCAGGUGCAUGAUGAAACUAGCCAGAUGAGCUCAGUAGAUGCGGCCAUCGACAGAAGGAUAUCAGAAAGCAGGCUGGCUGGUCGCAUGCAAUUUUAGCUUUGGAGCUGUGGAAAUGAGUAGGCCUAGGCACUCGGUUCUUUUGUUCUGAUUGUUGAUUCGAAGGAAGGUGUGAGAAGUAAUUUUUUCAAUCAUUAGCAAGGAUAUACCCAACAUGAGUAAUUAUUAUAUAUUCCUGAGAUAGGGUCAUAUUUGUUUUUUUAAAAAGAGUAAUUGACUUCUCUCUUCCUACUAGUCAGUUUCUGUAGAACUCAGUUCUCUAUAAAAGUACUAGCUACACAAUUUAGCAGUUUGUACUGAACCAUUUUGCCAGUUGGCAAUUGUAUUCAGGUCUAUCCGUUUCAUAGUAAUGACUUUGCUUUUGGAUUC